AAAAUAUAGAGUAGAAGGCGUUCAUUGCACCGAUAAACGCACACGGUACUCGGGUGCCGCUGACCGCCGGUAACAAUGAGCGGAGAUCGGACGCGGUUCGACCCUCAGUCCGGUCUGACAGGCAGCAAACCGAAGACGAACCGCCUGAGCCGGAGCUUCAGGCAGACUCAGCCGACGCAGACAGCCGCGGAGGUCGACCCUCCCCACGGCCACAAGCCCGAUUUCAAGACUCCAACCAGAAUCCCCAGCAGGUCCAGAGUGAGCGGAGGUUUCAGCGGAGAGUCUCCUCAGAACGAGUCUGACAUUCAGCAGGAUAUCAUCUGGGAUGCCACCUCUCCUUCGCCGCACAGACUCGGUAAAAGGGGUAAGAAACAUCAUGCAGGAGUCGUGGACAUCUCUGAGAUAGUCAGCAGAAUCGCUCCAGAGCAUGGCAGGCCGGAGGUUGUUGAGCCGACUUUACAGCAGUGGAUCGGAGACAGCGCCGCCAUCCCCUGCACUCCAGACAUUCAGCUUCCUAAACCCAAGAAGAAAUCACCGAGGUCUAACGGAGUGGAUGACCUGCUGAAGUUGGCCAAACAGUUUGACUUCACCAUGUUUCGUCAGGAUGAAAUGGAGGUGGAGGACAUGCACCAGCAGAGUCUGGAGCUCCUGUCAGAGGACAUCCUGGACUUUGAGAACGGGGAUCUGAAUGCUUCGUUUUCACCUGCUGCAAACUGUGAACCAGCUGUUGACGCUGGGGCAGAUGUGCAUCACAUUCAGCCCGUGGAGGAUGAUUUGGAUUUACUUUUUGAUGGAUCGACUCAACAUGUGAGCGGAAGUUUCAGUCAGGUGUCGGCUCAGCCUUCACAAGCUAUCCCAACUACUGCUGCUGCCAAAGUGGCUUCAGGGAAAAACUCUGCUCUUACACACAGUUCCACUUUGGCUGUUCCCAAAACUACAUCAGCGAAUUGUAACUUUGACGACGACUGGGACAAUGAUGAUUUGCUGGAUGACUCUUUAUUGAUCGAGAUGACGCAAAAUCCACAAAAUUUCACAACUCCAACGCACUGCUCCACCCAGAAAUCACCCAGUGAAGUGAAAUAUCACAGAGACAGUCACACUGGUAUGAGUCAAACAGCUGCAUUUAAGGUGGAAAAAGAGAAUGUAAAACAAAGAACAACUUUUAAACUAGACUCCAGGCCUCAUUUCUCAGUAGGGACAAUGCAGACAGACACAAAUUCCAGGGUGGGUUUUGGUGUAAAUGCAGCUGAAAACGACACUCAGCAGAGCAGGUUUUCAGUUGAAACAGUGGCUCAGUGCUCCUGGAAAGCACAGCAUUUGAACACAGUGAAGGCAGAGCCACACAAACAGCCGGUCAGCAAAAACACAGCUGUGAAUAACGUGUCAGUGUUAAAAAUGACACAAACUUUCCCCAGUAAACCUGUGGCAAAUGCACUGAACAACAUGUUGGCUACAAAAACAGCACAAACCUUCACAGGGAACCGUAGUGAGACCGCAUCAAACACCUGCACUGUGAGAACAACACAGAAUUUCACAAAUAAACUCACCCCUAAUGUCAUAAGUAAACCGAACAACAGGGCAGCACAAAACUUCACACAUAAACCUUUUUCUGCAUCGGACUCUAUGAAUGCAGCAGGUGUGGUUCCAUCCCACACCGACUUCCUGGAUGAUGACCUGGACUCUUUGUUCUCAUCUGAGCCAGUCUGGGACGAUUCGGCCGAUGAUGACCUACUGUGUGAGCUGUGUGAAGACCUGGAAAACCAGAUCCAGAACGCUGACAACAUUCCCACCAAACAGACCCCUGCAGUCUGCCAGAGACCGGCUAAAACCUGGGACAACUGGAGCCAGCAGCCAGCCAAUCAGCAGCAGCGUUUCCCCCUAAAACAAACCCCAGGCCAACCAGCUGGAGGCCCCUUGGCUCCUCCUCCUCACACCUCAAACACUGCGGCAGGUGUCCACAUGGCCAGGGCGAAGGAUCCAUUCAGAAAUAGCUCAAAUGGUCUUUCUGGAGGCAGCGGGAUCCAAUCAGCAGCCAAAGAUCAGUUCACCUUCAAGAAGCCGAACCAUCCGGUUUCUACAGGAAGCAACAAAGUCGCGGGUAAAUGUUCGGCGGCAGAGAUCGAGCUUAAGAAGCAACAGGCAAUGGAGAGGAGGCGUCAGCGUCUUCAGGCGACACACAAUGUCCAAGCCCCGACAUGAAAAUCGAAAACCUGUCAAGGACGAGAAACGUCACAAAACGGGCCCGAGCUCCUUCACCGUCAAACUUCAUCAACAGCUGCACUUCUUCAGUCACUUGUUAUGUAUAGUGUGUUUCUACUGUUUUAUUAAAAUGUUGAAAUCAAAUUAUUUUAGAGUCAGAUUCACAGUUUUUUAAAAACUUCCUGAAGCUGUUGUCAGGUGCAGAAGUGAAUAGUGAAGUUUUCUUUCUGUUAAUAUUUAACCUGUGGUGUCUGAGAGGUGCCUUCAUAAUGAGUUGUGUGGAUAAAAACAACUGCUUAUUUGGAGCCGAUAGAAAACAUCAGCUGGUUGGAGAUGGAAAAGGCUUAUACUUUUUAAAGUUAUCACUCUUUCUGGUGCUUCAGACUAUCUUUAUAGAAGCCACUCUUUACAAUUUAUUGUAAAUACCAGCUGUAGAUUUAGUUUUCCUUCAUUAUGAACAUUGAAAGCUCUUUAUAAUGAGGAAAUGAAAACUGGUU